UUUAAUUGAAGCUCAACUCUAGUCGCACACACAAAUGAGAUGUUAAUAAAGUGUUGAAUGUGGAAGAAGACGUGGAAAUUGAGUCUCAAAGUGUCGAAGUGGUGCACAUACACACACGAUUAUAUUUACGCGUAAAAGAAACGCUAAACGUAUUUGUGUCUACAUAUCUACAUACAUACAUACAUAUACAUAUGGUACUCGUAGUGCAAACGUAAUUCACGUAGUUAACUCGCAUCUGUGUUUUUGUGUUUGUGUAAAUUAUUUGGUGACAUUCUAAGUCGGGCAACUUUAGUAACGUUUCGCCAUUCUGUUAUCCCUGCUGCUUCCUCAUGACUACAGCAAAAAUCGCCAAGAGUCUCUUCCCCGGCUCGAUACCUUGGUAUUCAACGAAGAUGUUUCAUUGGUCAUUGUUCGUCAGCUUGUUGGGUUUGCUGAUAGCUGCGCUGGGCGCCUAUUGCGGCUGGUUCCUGUUUCCCAACAUGGUCGAUAAGAAAGUGGAAGAGAGCGUAAUUAUUGCUGAUGGCUCUGAACAAUACAAGCGAUUCGUUCAACUCCCACAGCCGUUGACCUUCAAAGUGUAUAUUUUCAACGUGACCAACGCGCACAAGAUACAACAAGGCGCCAUACCAAUUGUGGAGGAGAUCGGACCCUAUGUAUACAGACAAUAUCGGCGCAAGAAAGUGAAGCACUUCUCACGUGAUGGUUCUAAGAUUAGCUAUGUGCAGGAUCAGCACUUUGAAUUUGACGAAGAAGCCUCGGCACCUUACACACAAUCCGAUCACAUUGUUGUGCUCAAUAUGCAUAUGAAUGCGUUUUUACAAGUGUUCGAAAGAGAAAUAACUGAUAUAUUUCAGGGUUUUGCGAAUAGAUUAAACCAUAGGCUCAACCGUACGCCAGGCGUUCGUGUAUUGAAACGUCUGAUGGAGCGCAUACGUGGGAAACCACCCUAUAAAUGGAUGUACAAUAUUUUCAACGAAAUAUUGAAGCAAGUAAAAUCGGUGCUGACGAUCGCCGAGAAUGAUCCGGGCUUGUCGUUGUUGCUGGUGCACUUGAAUGCCAAUCUGAAGGCCGUCUUUAACGAUCCGAAGUCGAUGUUUCUCGACACCACCGUGCGUGAGUUCCUCUUCGAUGGCGUGCGCUUCUGCAUAAACACGAAUGGUAUUGCUAAAGCUAUUUGUAAUCAAAUCAAAGAGGGCGGCUCCAAGACAAUACGUGAACUAAGCGACGGCAGCUUGGCAUUCUCGUUCUUCAAUCACAAAAACGGCACUGGCAAUGAAGUGUACGAAGUGCAUACGGGCAAAGGCGAUGCACAGCGUGUGCUCGAAAUUCAGAAACUCGACGAUUCACACAAUCUUCAGGUGUGGCUGAAUGGUUCCGAGGGCGAAACUUCUAUGUGCAAUCAAAUCAAUGGCACUGAUGCUUCAUCGUAUCCGCCCUUCCGCAAACGUGGUGAUUCUAUGUACAUUUUUAGUGCGGAUAUUUGUCGUUCGGUGCAGUUAUUCUAUCAAAGUGAUAUACAGUAUCAGGGCAUACCCGGUUUUCGUUAUUCGAUCGGUGAGAAUUUCAUCAACGAUAUUGGUCCGGAGCACGACAAUGAGUGCUUCUGCGUUGACAAGCUGGCGAAUGUGAUAAAACGGAAGAAUGGUUGCCUAUAUGCGGGUGCACUGGAUCUGACAACCUGCUUGGAUGCACCGGUUAUAUUAACAUUGCCGCAUAUGUUGGGCGCCUCCAAUGAGUACACGAAAAUGAUACGCGGACUGCGGCCGGACGCGAAGAAGCAUCAAACAUUCGUGGAUGUGCAGCACCUCACCGGUACACCGUUACAAGGCGGCAAACGCGUGCAGUUCAACAUGUUCUUGAAGAGCAUCAACCGCAUCUCAAUAACGGAAAAUUUAACAACGGUACUUAUGCCCGCCAUUUGGGUUGAGGAGGGUAUUCAACUCAACAGUGAAAUGGUCGCCUUUUUCAAAAAGAAACUUAUAAACUCGCUCAAAACGCUCAAUAUCAUACACUGGGCGUCGAUUUGCGGUGGCAUUGGCGUGGCCGCUAUAUGUCUGAUAUAUUAUGUAAUACAACGUCGAAAGCCGGAAGCGGAAGUGGCACCGCUAAAAUAAGUAUUUCUAGAGAACUGUUGAGGUUUAUUAAACAAGCGAUAUUCUACUAACAAUAUUAUGUUUGUUAUUGUGCACAUACUUACAUACUAUAUUUUAUUUAAUUUUAUAUAACUUUUAAAUUAUAAUUUUAUUGUUUUUCUUCGUUAAGAUAUAUUUUAUUCAUACAUACAUAUGUACAUAUUUUAUUGUAUGUAUUUGUAUAUUUUUGUAAAUAUUUCCAAUAUUAUUAUAAAUGUGAUUGUAACAUAUUGUGAUUUAGUAUGUUAUAAAUUAAAUAAAUAAUUGUAAAACAA